AUGUUAAGAAAAUAUGGCUGGGAUGCCGAAAAAGGUCUUGGUAAAAAUAAUCAAGGGAUGAAAACAGCUCUUAAGCCAGUUUUGAAAUUUGAUACUCGAGGAGUUGGAUGUAAUCAAAAAGAUGAAUAUUCAAGUGAAUUUAAAUGGUGGGAAUAUUCUUAUAAUCGAGCUGCAAAAAAACUUUCACAAACUCUUGAACAAUCUGAUAACGAAGAAAGAAAAGAAAAAAAACGUAAACAUAAAGAAGAUAAUGAAGAAGAAAAACAAAGCUCAAAAAAGUCGAUUUAUUCUCGAUUUGAAAAAAAAGAUAAUAAAAACACUCGAUUCGUUCGUGAAAAAUUCACAUACAUUCGUAAUACAAGUUUUUAG